AUGCAAGGUCGACUGGUCUUCCUUCUGCUCAUAAUCGCAGUUGCUCUGAAUGAGGCAAAGAAGUAUCGUAAACUAGCGCACCAGAAACGGAAUCGUUAUAACGAAAGUCCUUGUUACAAGAAGACGUCUAGAAUAUACGAACACAGAUUAUUGCCGAGGCAGUAUGAUGAUCCAGAUUAUGAUUUUGAUGCACUUCCGAUUUCAUUUGAUUGGCGUAAUAAAGAUGGUGUGAACUACGCAGGAAUCGAUCGCAACCAGCAUAUUCCUCGCUAUUGUGGAUCUUGCUGGGCUUUUGGAGCAACCAGCGCCCUAGCAGAUCGUUUCAAUAUAAAACGGAAAAACGCUUGGCCUCAAGUACAUUUAUCUGUUCAAGAGGUAAUUGACUGUGGAGGAACAGGAAGCUGUGAAGGUGGUGAACCUGGAGGUGUUUAUAAGUUCGCACAUGACAUUGGCAUCCCACAUGAGACUUGCAACAACUAUCAAGCAAGAGAUGGAAAAUGUACUCCAUACAAUAAAUGUGGAUCAUGUUGGCCAGAUGACUGCUUUUCAAUUAGUAAUUAUACGCUUUACAAAGUUGGUGAUUACGGCCGAGUAUCGACGAUCAACAAAAUGAAAGCCGAAAUCUUUGAAAAUGGACCGAUCGCAUGUGGUAUCGCUGCGACAAAAAAAUUUGAAACAUAUUCGGGUGGUAUCUACAAAGAAGAAACAAGUGAGGGAAUCGAUCAUAUCAUAUCAGUUUACGGAUGGGGCAUUCAACACGAUUCUGGUGUUCCGUACUGGAUUGGCAGAAAUAGUUGGGGAACACCUUGGGGUGAGGAUGGCUGGUUUCGUAUUGUCACUUCAGAAUACAAACAUGCUGGUUCUAAAUAUAAUUUAAAAAUUGAGGAAGAUUGCGUCUGGGCUGAUCCCAUCGUAUGAUUUGAAUGGGCGAUCAAAACGAUAUAAACAAAAAUAAUCGGCUAUUCAAUAACUCAUUUACUUCCUAAAUCAAAUUACUUUUGAAGCUUCAUAGUUGUGAAAUUAUUCACUCUCAUUUCCUUAAUGUAAUACCUUCGCUUUUCCAUUAAACGAAUGAUCCAAUAACAAUUUUUUAAAAG